CCCCUCCCUCCUCCUUCCUAUGUGGCCACAGAUUCGGUCCACUGUGAUGGAGGACUUGAGCCAGACUACGUGAGUUUCGUUUCUUUUUCAGAAAUAUAACCUCUCAGUGACAGCUGUCAGCUAAACCAGCUACUUGGAAGUUGACCCAGCAGUGUGAAUUCCAGUGUUGGGCAACUUCGAGCAAAGGCCAUCUAUCAGCUAUCCCCCCUCAGGUCCAAGGGACACCAGGUGACGCUUGUAACACAUUUGGCACUCGACUCUGUUAUUGCUGCUCAGAGUCAACAACCUUCUGACUACCUAAUCUCUCUUUCUGACUCGUCGCCAAAUGUUAAACUCUUAUUUGCUUAUUUUUUCCCUUGUGCCACAAUCCUCCUCCUCUUUUUUAUUUUUUGCCUUUUUAAGGAAUGAUUAAGAAGGUUAUAAUGACCUCUAGGAGAAGUGGAAAGAAAAGAAUCAGUCCAGCCAAAACAAACAGUUGAACUGAAUGGGACUGCUUUGAGUCAUAGUUCCACAUUGUUUUCCAUUUCUGCAAAGUUACCAAAGGGUUCCUUCAUUGAAAAACCUGAACCAUGUUGGAUCUCUGCAUAACACGAUACCUAGCAAUGAGGAGAAACUUGGGUCCAAGUAUCCUGUGAUGCCUUAAUGAUCAACUGAAAAAGACUUUUCUCUGUCCAACCUGGUACCAUUUUCUGUUGUCGCCCUCUCACCCCUUGCCCUUAAACCCUUCCUUUAUUUGACCCAUGUCUGCAUGAGGUGCAGGGAUGCCGCAUCACGCCGUACACAGUCCAUGAGAGAGAGAUUUAAGGUGGAGCAGAGCGGGAAGAUAGGAAAUGACAGAGUGCAUGACAGAAUACAAGGCGCUGGUGACUCCAUCCACGCGCAACGGUCACCGCGUCUUCAGCUACACGCUGGAGAGCCACACGUCGGCGGCCUUCGCCAUCAUGAACGAGCUGCGCCUGGAGAGGCAGCUGUGUGAUGUCACUCUACGCGUGCGCUACAAGGACCUGGAGGCGGUGGACUUCGUGGCUCACAAGGUGGUGCUGGCCUCGUCUUCGCCUGUCUUCCGGGCCAUGUUCACUAACGGGCUGAAGGAGUGCGGCAUGGAGCUGGUUCCCAUAGAAGGGAUUCACCCCAGAGUUAUGGACCGAUUGAUUGAGUUCGCCUACACUGCCAGCAUCUCUGUGGGGGAGAAGUGCGUCAUCCAUGUGAUGAACGGUGCCGUCAUGUACCAGAUAGACAGCGUGGUCAAGGCCUGCUGCGACUUCCUUGUCCAGCAGCUCGACCCCAGCAACGCCAUCGGCAUCGCGAGCUUUGCAGAGCAGAUCAGCUGCACGGAGCUCCACCAGAAGGCCAGAGAAUACAUCUACAUGAACUUCAGCCAGGUUGCAACCCAGGAGGAGUUCUUCAACUUGUCCCAGUGCCAGCUGGUCAACCUCAUUAGCCGCGAUGAGCUCAACGUGCGCUGCGAGUCUGAGGUCUUCCAGGCGUGCGUGGCUUGGGUGCGCUACGACCAGGAGAACCGGCGACCGUAUGUCCAGGCCUUACUUCAGGCUGUCCGCUGCCAUUCCCUCACUCCUAACUUCCUGCAGACACAGCUCCAGUCUUUGGACUGGGACCCUCAGUGCAAAGACUACUUGGCCCAGAUCUUCCAGGACCUCACUCUCCACAAACCUACCAAAGCUGUUCCUUGCCGAACACCCAAGGUGCCGCAGCUCAUCUACACAGCAGGGGGAUAUUUCCGUCAGUCUCUCAGCUACCUGGAGGCCUACAACCCCUGUACUGGAGCCUGGCUGAGGCUGGCUGACCUGCAGGUUCCCCGCAGCGGGCUGGCGGCCUGCGUGAUCAGUGGACUUUUCUACGCCGUCGGCGGCAGAAACAACGCGCCUGAUGGGAACAUGGACUCCAACACUUUGGACUGCUACAACCCGAUGAACAACUGCUGGCAUCCGUGCACGCCGAUGAGCGUUCCAAGGAACAGGAUUGGGGUUGGCGUCAUCGAUGGCAUGAUUUACGCAGUUGGCGGUUCACACGGGUGCAUCCAUCAUAACAGUGUGGAAAGGUAUGAUCCAGAGCGGGACCAGUGGCAGCUGGUAGCUCCAAUGUUAACGCGCCGCAUAGGUGUGGGCGUCGCAGUGAUCAACCGACUGCUGUAUGCCGUCGGGGGCUUUGACGGCGCCAACCGGCUCGGCUCCUGUGAGUGCUACUACCCUGAGAGGGACGAGUGGAGGACCAUGGCCCCCAUGAACAUUGUGAGGUCUGGAGCUGGUGUGUGUUCGCUGGGCAACCAAAUCUUUGUGAUGGGUGGAUACGACGGCACCAACCAGCUGAACACAGUGGAGCGCUACGACGUGGAAACGGAUACGUGGAGCUUUGCCGCCUCCAUGAGGCACAGGCGCAGUGCGCUGGGAGUCACUGCUUUACAUGGACGCAUUUAUGUAUUAGGAGGUUACGAUGGCAACACUUUCCUGGACAGCGUGGAGUGCUAUGACCCGGAGACGGACAGCUGGUCGGAGGUGACACACAUGACAUCAGGGCGGAGCGGCGUGGGUGUGGCCGUCACCAUGGAGGCGUGCCAAAAGGGUCUGUCUCAGCGUCAGAAGUCUGAGGGCUGCGAAGGGUGUACCGUUAAGUCUGCCAGCUCGGAUUUUAGCCACUGUGGAUCAUUUAGUAAAGGCACAUGAAGUUCAGCCGCAGAUGGUUGGAUUUCAUACUCCCUCAUACAUUGUUGAGCCGCACCAAAACUUAGCUCGGUUCUGUAUAAAUCACAGGCACAUGUGUACAGAACACACCCUCCUGCCUCACUGAUUUCAGAUGUUUUGAAUCAUCAUCAUCAGUCGUAUCUUAUUGUCAGUUCACUGCUGAUUCUCCUCUGUAAGGUGGAAAACUGCAGCACCAAACUAUCACAUAUGACCCCUCAGUGCAUCUGUUUUCCUACAGCCAACAGGCCAUCUUUUGCCAGAAAAGGGCUGCAAGUUAAAUGUAUUUCAUUGGCUCAACCACUCUUCAGGGGCUGUUUUUAAUUGAUUAAAUCUGAGGGUGAAACAACAAUGCUCGGGUAUAGGACUAAAAGUAGCAUUUUUCUGUGUUUUUAAAGUGCCAUUACAGUGCCUGGGGGGCAUUAUUAUUAUAACUUUUGUCAGUAUAAUGUUUUCUUGAGGAGGAACAUACCUCUAACAUGUAGUCCAUGCAUGACAAUGGGCCUCAUGCAAGAAUGUUUUAAAGAUUUCCACAAAACACUUUUUUUUUCUUUUUUUUUUCAAUAUUUGAAUGUGAAGUUACAUUUGCUCAAGUUUCCAGGCAGAAAUUCUAAAUCUGCAUUAUGUAACAUAACAAACAGCAGCUUCUAGUGGCUUUGGUGUGUUGGGAAUAGUAGUGUGGAAAGCCUGUAAAUUUAAAAUGCAUUUUUUCUUCCUGUAUUUACAGACGUGGACGGAUUUGUUUGCUGGCUGGUGAAGACGUGUAAAAAGCCUUUAAAUGAAUUCAUGUUUAAUUGUAGCAGCAUACAGCACAUUGAAAAUGUUGUAAAAACAAAACAUUUACAUAAACUACAUCUAUUUAGUGCAGUAAAAAAAAGUCCCAAGUAAAGAAGUAUUUGUUUUAUACAAAAUCAUUGGUGAUAACAGUUAUCGACACCACUGACAAUCCCUUUAAAUAAACAUUAUUAAGGAUCAGAGUUUAUAUAAACUUGUUAAUAAAUGUUUUUCUAAUUCUUCGGGCUGUACCACGACACAGAGGUCCAUGUCUUUUAGCCAAUGCCAGAACAGGCACCCUUGGAUGUCUUGCCUGCCACCACUCACAGUGAGCAGAAUGACGAGGGAAGUAAAAAAGAUCUCAAAGUCUCACUGCAAGAAAUGGAUCACUGUAAGAAACAUAAUGUGGGAUCUACAUCACAAAUGGUUGGUUGAAAAUGAUGUUUAGUCCUACCAUUACAAACGUAAACAUGCAACGUUUACCUGGAAAAUGUGGGAAAGCAGCUUUUGCCUGCUGUUAAGUAGGGUGGAGGAUCUAUGAUGCAUUGGGCUUGUUUCUCUUCCAAAGGUUGUGGAAACUUUAUUAAGAAACAUGGCAUUAUGAACUCUGUCCGAAAACUGAAAAUGGGUAAUCACUGGGUUCGUUGACAGGGUAAUGAUCAGACACAUCUGGCCAGAUCAACACAGAAGCGGUUUAGCAGACCAGAUGAAUGGCCAUCUCAGCCUUCAGACCAGAACUAUCUAGAGGUUCUGUAAGGUGUGCUGAAGAGAAGAGAGCAGAGGGUAAGACCUAGGACUAGACAACAGUGAUGCUCCACAUUUUGUUUGUGUCAGUACAGUGAUACAGGGCAGUGAUCAGCAGCUGUUCUUCAUUCAUUAAGCUCAGAAGAUAAAACUGAAGAGCCUUACCGUACAGUACAGGGACAGUUUAACAGCACCCAACUCAUCAGCCUCCAAUAUGAUGCUCAAGUUUUAUUUGCCGUCAGUUCAAACAGAAAUCAGACAUCAACACCUUUAAUAAAAGCGGGACAGUGGUAUUAGGCGAUUAGUAUUAUGCCUGGGGAUAAAUUAGCAGGUUAGGGUACACUGAGUGGUAAAGUAAGUUACACUUAUCUUGUUACAACAAUGAUCUGCUGGGGAAACCAGAAUCCCUGCACUCACAUGACUGUUACUUUAACACCCGCCUUCUACUUGCACACAUUUUACAACCUAAUUCACAUACCAACGGCCUGCGAAAACUGCUUUGGAAUGAAUCCCAGAACACGAUCACAAGCUAAGCUGAUGGCAUCAGUGGAAAGCAAACAAUCCAUGGAUGCUGCUCAGAUCUUGGUGUCAGACUCUCUACUUCCCUGUUGUCUGUCCCUGCUGUGACUGGGCAGUUGGGUAAAAGGGAAGCUACUGCUUGUGGUUAGAAAGGUGUGGUUAAAAUGUGUGUCACUCAACCAGCUGGUUUCCUAUAACUGAUGGAUUGUAGUGUUUGUAUUCUCCAUGAUGUAACUCUAAAUUCUUUAGGAAUAUCACUCAGGAGAAGAUCUUCGUAGUUCUUGCAUGAAGCCCAUUGUCUCAGUUUGAUGCCGGUACAGAAAAAUCAGGGCUGUAAAGAAACUGUACAGUAACAAAUGCGGCCUUUUGUCUGUCGAGUCACUGGCAGGGGGAUAAAAUGAAAAAUUUCACAGAAGGAAAAAAAAAAAGAUCCUCCAUCUUGGAAUUGGGAAUGAUUGUUGUGCAAACAAUGGUCUGAAUAAAGAAGCGGGUCCUAAUGUUGAUUUGGAAAAAUGGAAACAGCUGCAUUUGAAAACCUGGGUUUGAACAUUUAGCUGAAUGUGUUUUUAUAAUUUGAAAACAGAAACACUAACCCCCACCAGAACUGAAAAGGUUCCUCUGCUGAUGGACUUCUUUAGAUUUCAUACACUGGAGACAUCAGAAACAGAAGCGCCUACACGUGUGCGUCGGUGUAGACCAGCUGUAAACUAAUGACAGACUUGCUUCAAUAAGCAUAUUUGUAACAGCCAUUUAAGCUACGGACAUAUUUUUUGUAGAUAUGUUUUGUACAUUGAAAAUCUGAAACGCUGUGUACAGAAUUCCAGGAUUGAUCUUUUUAUUUAUUUGUUCAGAACCUUUUUGAUUUUUUGGCUUGCUUUCAGCUGACAUCAGCUUUGUAUUAAAUCUGACUCUUGGUGUAAUAUUUAUAACUAGCAUGUAAUGUGACUCAGUGAUGAUGUCUUAGUGCUAGGUUUGGAUUUUUGUUUUAAAGGGACUGCUUUCUCCUGUCCACUCAGUAGUUGGAAUGGAAAUUGGAAUAUUCAUCUGCUUUGUGCAGAAAAAGAAUAUACAAACAACCAUAAAUAUAUAUUUCUCGUA